AUGCCUCCCCGCGCCUCAACAAGCGCCCCCAGCCUCGCAUUCAACGUCGCACCCGAACAAUCUCAGCUGCGCGCACAACCUUCGAACCCCGCUGCAUCGCGAGGGAGGGUCGUCGCGAAGCCACGGUUUCAGAAGAUGAGCGGGCAGAGUAAGCGCGAUGGGAGCUUCGAUGAGGACGAAGAUGAGGGCGAGGAGGAUGUCGAAGUUGAUGCGGAGCAGGAGGAAGACGAGGAUGACGGAGAGGGAGAAGACGAUACGCUUCCUGCGCAGGGGAAGCGCAAGGGCAAAGCACCCGCUGCUCAGGCUCGCAAACCGCGCUUUCCGAAUAAGCGCAACACGCAGAGUGUCGGGAGGAGGAAGAUCAAGAUUGAUUACAUCCAGGACAAGGCGAGGAGGCAUGUCACGUUCACGAAGCGCAAGUCGGGGUUGAUGAAGAAGGCCUACGAACUGUCGACGCUGACCGGCACCGACUGCUUCGUGCUCGUCGUCUCGGAAUCCGGCGCCGUCUACACCUUCUCCACUACCGCUCUCAGCGGCAUCACCGACCACCCACGCGGCAAAGAAGUGCUCGAAGCCGUCUUGCGCGGCGAGCUGCGCGGAGACGCCGCGGACGACGCGCCUGUCGCGUCUGGGUCUGGAUCGAAUGUCCAGCAGGCGUCGUACGAACCGCCUUCGACAUCCGCUGCCCCAGCCGAGCAGAACGAGCAUCCGCAUGACCCUCUGCACGACAUCAUGCUGCCGCACUUUGAACUCGACCCGGCCCUGAGCGGACUCGACCUCCCCGUCCCGCCUAUGAUGGGCGACUCGUCCUCGCACUUCCCCUCCUCCUCUUCCGCUCUUCACCCUGGACUCUUCUCGGGCUUUGAUCUCGGCGGGCACUCGUCCUCAAUUUUCUUGCACCUCCCGCCUACCACGACCGCCUCGACUAGCUCCGCCCCUCUCCCCCUUCCACCACUCGACUUCGCCGCCCCGCUCACCUCGACAUCCUCCUCCGCCUCCCUCUUCUCCGCCACGACCGCAACCGCCGCCCCUCCAACUGCCGCCGCCUCGCCCCCAACCAGCACCUCCUCCUCCCUGACGCCCUACGAACUCGCCCGCCUCUCGCACGCCGCCGCUUUCGCAUCGUACCAAGCGACCGUCCCUUUUGACCGUGCUCCGUCGUACGUUCUUGGGAAUGCGGGGUUGGGACAGUCCGUGAAGGAGGCGUUGAAGCCGCUUGAGAAGGGCGAGGAGCCGCCUGCUGCUGAAGAAGCUUUGAGGGCGCUUCGAGACGAAGGUUCGCCACACGAGGGGGCGGAGGGGAAGAAGGGCAGUGGAUCGUUGAAGAGGAAACAUGGCGCAUCGGAUUUCGGAGAAGAAGCUUGGGCGUUGGUGAAGAAAGUCAAGGAGCGGGCGUCGACGAGUGGAGGAGUUGGCUCGCUUGGCAUCCAGAGUGGGUUCUUCGCGGCGCCUUCGCCCGCUGGUCAGGCUGGAGUGGGGUCGGGUAGCUCACCCGGGGAGUCGGUGAGCGGGUUGGAGGCGAUCAGGUGGGCGGCGAGGUCGACGACUAACAGUCCUGCCGGGGCGUUCGGGGCGUCGAACUCGCCUGCAGCGGGUGGUGGAGCUGCAGGGACGCCGAGAGUGGGUUUGGCAGAGGACGAAGCGGCGGGUGAGGAGGUCAGUAGUGGAGAGGGCGUGCAGGAGAGGAAGGCGAGGUGGAAGUUGGCCGCUGCGGAGGUGUUGCAGGAAGCGAAGCGGACUCGCACCGUCUCAACCAUCCUCCGCGCGUACUGCUACUCCCUCUACGCGACCUCCCCACUCCCUCCCCCAUUUGACCCCUCCGCACCGCUCUACUCCCUCUCAGAAGCGAUCGAAGGACUGCACUGGGCGUCUUUCGCGCGGAUGUGCGAGAAGGCGCGUGUGGAGGACGUGGGUGAACUGGCUUUGGCGGCGGAGGAAUGGUUGGGGAGGUGGUUGCCUCGGGAAUUCUCCAACCGCGUCCCCGCCGCAUUCCUCCGCUCCGCCCUCGCCGCCGCCCGAGCCAUCUUCCUCCCCUUCACCGACUUCCUCGAAGCGCACGCCCUUGCACCCGACAGCGUCUGCAUGCGGCUUGUCAGUCCCGUGCCUGCCACGGACGAGACGGGCGGAUUCACGGAGGAGAGGCAAAGGGAGUUGUAUGCUAGUGAAGGGGAUGAGGGAGGGGGAGAGACGGAGGAGGGCAGGGAAGGAGCGGGAGGAGGAGCGGUGGAAGAGGCUGGAGCGUGA